AUGUCCUUUCUCCUGCCUUGCCCCAACUGCGGCGAUCGCAGCGUCAACGAGUUCCGUUUCGGCGGGGAGGUCGUUUCUCGCCCAACUCCGGACGCUUCGGCGGAGGCGUGGAGCAGCUACUUCUAUUUCCGCCCCAACGUCGCGGGUGAACAGCGUGAGUGGUGGAACCACCGCUACGGGUGCCGUCGAUGGUUCUACGCUUUGCGAGACACCACGAGCAAUGAGAUACAGGCUACCUAUUGGCCGGGUGAGCAGUCUCCCGCCACAACUUCCUAA